GAAAACCCCUCAUUUCGGCUUUUGCCACCGCCCGACCAAGUAAUACCAUGAUCAACGACACGCCGCAGUGGACGCGCCUCGCCGCCCACGCCGACGCCAUCAAGGCCACGCACCUGCGCACGCUCCUCAAGGACGAAGGCCGCAACGCGGCCCUUCUUGCCGAGCACAACGGUAUCACGCUCGACUACUCGCGCCAGAACGCGACCUUGGAAACGAUGGACUUGCUCUUUGACCUCGCCGAGGCCGCGCAGCUGCGCCAGAAGCUGUCGGCGAUUGCCAGCGGCGAGCACGUCAACAAGACGGAGGACCGCGCGGUCAUGCAUAUGGCGCUCCGCAGCCCCGCGACGAAGCCCAUGUACGUGGACGGCAAGAACGUCGUCGAGGACGUCCACGAGGUGCUUGGCGCGAUUCGCAAGUUUUCGGACCGCGUCCGCAGCGGCGAGGCCCAUGGCGCGACGGGCAAGAAGCUCCUGAACGUCGUGUCGAUUGGCAUUGGCGGCAGCUACCUCGGCCCCGAGUACGUCUUUGAGGCGCUUCGCCACGAAAAGGUCGCCAAGGCGGCGGCUGCCGGCCGCACGCUCCGCUUCCUUGCGAACGUUGACCCUGUCGACGCCGCGCGCGCGGUCGAGGGCCUCAACCCUGAAGACACGUUGGUCAUCGUCGUCUCCAAGACGUUUACGACCGCGGAGACGAUGCUGAACGCGCGCACGCUCCGCAAGUGGCUCGUCGACGGCCUUGCUGCCCACGGCGUCUCGGCCGCGGACGCCAUCCGCCACCACAUGAUCGCGGUCUCGGCGGCCGUGCCCAAGGCGCAGGAGUUUGGCAUUUUGCCCGAAAACGUCUUUGGCUUUUGGGACUGGGUCGGCGGUCGCUACAGCGUGUGCUCCGCGGUCGGUAUCGUCCCGCUGGCGCUCCAUUACGGCGCCGACAUCACGGACGCGUUCCUUGCCGGUGCCCACGACCUCGACGAACACCUCUUGAACGCGCCGCUGCGCGAGAACCUCCCGGUGCUCCUCGGCCUCCUCGGCAUCUGGAACUCGUCGUUCUUGGGCCACGCGACGCGCGCGAUGCUGCCGUACGCGCAGGCGCUCCUCCGCUUUGCGGCGCACAUCCAGCAGGUCGAUAUGGAGUCGAACGGGAAGCGCGUCGCGCUCGACGGCUCGGUGCUGCCGUUCGCGGCCGGCGAAAUCAACUUUGGCGAGCCCGGCACGAACGGCCAGCACAGCUUUUACCAGCUCAUCCACCAGGGCCGCGUCGUGCCCUGCGACUUUAUUGCGUUUUGCAAGAGCCAGAACCCGACGCACCUCAGCGGCGAGAAGGUCUCGAACCACGACGAGCUCAUGUCGAACUUUUUCGCGCAGCCGGACGCGCUCGCGAACGGCAAGACGGUCGAAGAGCUCGCGGCCGAAGGCGUGCCCGAGGCGCUCCGCCCGCACAAGGCGUUCCCGGGCAACCGCCCGUCGGUGUCGCUCCUCUUCCACGGCACGCUCGAUGCGUUCGCGUGCGGCCAGCUCCUCGCCUUGUACGAGCACCGUACGGUGGUCCAGGGCGCCAUCUGGGGCCUCAACAGCUUUGACCAGUGGGGCGUCGAGCUCGGCAAGGUCCUCGCGACGCAGGUCCGCAACCAGCUCAGCGCGUCGCGCGCCAACGCGAGCGCGCCGUUGCAGGGCUUCAACAGCUCGACGUCGGCGCUCCUGAAGCGGUACCUCGCCUAAGCAACAUGUAUAAAAUGAC